ACGGUUAACAAUAUAUAUUGCCAUCCAGUGUUAGCUUUUCUAUAAAUAUGUGUUGCUUCAAAAUACUGUAGGGUUAUUAUGGUAUAAUUCAUUCCGUCGAGGAGACGAGAUAAUCCAAUGGGUGUAGCUAGUUAGUCCCAUUGUUAAGUAGCUGUCUUAGUCGAAGGAGCCUCAGGUGUAAAUUAUGAUUUUAAAUCAAACAUUAGGAAGGGUCCACGCGUGCAAAAAAUUAUGUAUGGUGGUUCAACUGUACACGCAAGAGUUCAUCUAAAAUUGCUACAUGACAAAGAAGAUCUAAAUUAGGUGCAUGUUAAAAGAGGAAAAUUUAAAUUAUAGGGCUCCACCAAUUUAAGUUGAGGCCCUGAACCCUCUAAAAUUGGGUCCGAUUUUGGGGCAGCUGAGAAUUUUUAGUCAUUGGGCCUACUUAUAGCUUUCAAAUUCUAGAGCAGAUGGCACAAACACAAAAAUUUUCAACUGACAAAAGUGGUAUCAGAUAUGGAAGCACAACAAUAAGGAAAACUUAACCGGAUUCAGAUCGCAUCUUUGUAUCUUUGAAAGAAUGAUCGAUCUUUCUUCCCAACAUAAUUCAUUGGAUCACAUUCUGUAUAAAUUUAAAAGCACUCUAAAUAUCUUCAUUUAUAUUUCUGUGCAUAUAAUCCAAUGGUGAAUUCGUAUGAAGAUAGUGAAUCAUUUUCUGAAAGAUAAAAAUCCGUACAAGCUUGGCACUUAUUGAAUUCAUUAAGCUAACGGGUCAAAUCAAGAGCCGAGUUGUUAGGUGUUAGCCGAAACUUAAUAAGUUAAUAGGGUUCCUCCACCUUGGCUUUUUUUGUAGGGUUGUGACUUGUGAAUAAGGACAUAAGAUACAUGUCCGGUUCAAAUGCAUAGAUUAAUGAAGAAAGAAAAGGCUCGGUAAAUGAGAUGAGAAAUAAAACAACUAAACAAAUAGAGGAGAGAAGGUUUCUGGCUGGAUUUAUACCGUGAUGGGCAUCUUCCGGAAACAAAAAAGAAUGGGAGGCAAGGAGAGACAGCAUAGAUGUUCCAAGGGGAAGGAGGCCUAAACGAGGACCAAAUUGAUGAGCGGUAAGAAAGAAAGGGGGUGAUGAUGAUGAUGACAGAGGUUGCUGUUCAGAAGAGAAGAAGCCAUGAUAGCUUCCUCCUCAGCAACAUCGCUGGUGCCGACGGAGGUCACAGUCACAGCAGCAGCAUUACCACCACCACCACCACUUGUAAUGGCCUUACUGCCAAGAGGCUUAAAACCAGUGGUGGUGGUGGGGGAGCAGGCAUGAUCUCCACCAAAGAGAAGAAAGACAAGAUUGGAGAGCGAGUAGCCAAGCUGCAACAACUGGUGUCACCUUUUGGCAAGUCGGACACGGCAUCGGUUCUUCAAGAGGCCACUGGAUACAUCAAAUUCCUCCAUGAUCAACUCCAGGUUCAUUCCAUGAUCCCCUCCCAUUUCCCCCAUGAUUUCUCUCGUUGUUUUACUUCCAUUUCUCAAUAUGUGAAUUGUUGUCAUCAGGUGCUGAGUGGUCCAUAUAUGCAGAGGACGAGGCCAACUGGAAAGAUUCAGGAAGCUGAGCACUGCAGCCUAAGAAGUCGUGGUCUGUGUCUCAUGCCGAUCUCCUCUGCGCUCGGAAUUGCCCGAAGCAAUGGCGCUGAUCUCUGGGCUCCUGCCGGUUCAAUCAGACAACCAUAACUCUCAAAGUUUUAUCACUUACUCCGGCUGAGUAAAGAAAUGGCAUCAUGAUCAUGGUGGAAGCUUUAGAGAUAGAUUGCAAGUUAAAAUCCUAACUCUAUUCAUAUCUAGUAGCGCAGGCUAUGGUGAGGAUGUAGUACUGGGCUACAGUAAAGAUGUAGCAUUAGGCUACAGUAGAAUGCCCCGUGAGCUAUACAUCAACAUCCUGCUGCGGGAAGUAGCCAAAGCUCUGUUAUGUAUUACCAUUCAUCCUACUGAAGAAAUGGAUAUGAGCAUAUGGUUCUGAUUUUUAUC